AUGAAUUCCUUGGCUUGGACAGGACAUUUAGUACAUGUCGCUAUUCCUGGAUCCAGAGGGGAGUCCGUUCGAUGGAAUAAUUUCUUAGAUGUAUUACCGCAUCCCCAAGGGUUAGGCCCACUUUUUUCAGGUCAGUGGAAUCUUUAUGCUCAAAACCCUGAUUCAAGUAGUCAUUUAUUUGGGACCUCCCAAGGAGCAGGAACUGCCAUUCUAACUCUUCUUGGAGGAUUUCAUCCACAAACACAAAGUUUGUGGUUGACUGAUAUGGCUCAUCAUCAUUUGGCUAUUGCAUUUAUUUUUCUUGUUGCUGGUCAUAUGUAUAGAACUAAUUUCGGGAUUGGACACAGUAUCAAGGAUCUUUUAGAUGCACAUAUUCCUCCAGGAGGACGGCUGGGGCGUGGGCAUAAGGGUCUUUAUGAUACAAUCAACAAUUCGCUUCAUUUUCAAUUAGGUCUUGCUCUAGCUUCUUUAGGGGUUAUUACCUCCUUGGUAGCGCAACACAUGUACUCUUUACCUGCUUAUGCAUUCAUAGCACAAGACUUUACUACUCAAGCUGCAUUAUAUACCCAUCACCAAUAUAUCGCAGGAUUCAUCAUGACAGGGGCUUUUGCCCAUGGAGCUAUCUUUUUCAUUAGAGAUUACAACCCAGAGCAAAACGAAGAUAAUGUAUUGGCAAGAAUGUUAGACCAUAAGGAAGCUAUCAUAUCUCAUUUAAGUUGGGCCAGCCUCUUUUUGGGAUUCCAUACCCUGGGACUUUAUGUUCAUAAUGAUGUCAUGCUUGCUUUUGGUACUCCGGAAAAGCAAAUUUUGAUCGAACCCAUAUUUGCUCAAUGGAUACAAUCGGCUCAUGGGAAAACUUCAUAUGGGUUCGAUGUACUUUUAUCUUCAACCAGCGGCCCGGCAUUCAACGCGGGUCGAAGCAUCUGGUUGCCCGGUUGGUUAAAUGCUAUUAAUGAGAAUACUAAUUCAUUAUUCUUAACAAUAGGGCCCGGCCAUUUCAAAGGAACGUGGAUUAUAUAUAGCUGA